AUGAUGAAGAUACUCUUGCCGCUCGUUUGCCUUGUGUUGCUCGCAACGCAACCAGUGAAAGGAGAAGAACCAUCCGAGGAACUCUCCAAUGAGCAUUUCAUGAAAGUCAUGGAAGGAGGACCUGGCAGUGUUCACAGACAACUGGCCCCGGUAGACAAGGGAUGUGUCCAAACUGGCUGCAAUAGCAACUCGGAUUGUGGAGGAUUUUGUAGGUGCAACAACCGAGUCGGUGGAGAUCCCAUCUCCCCCUGUUGCUCAGGAAGUGUGUCUGGUGGUCAAGACUAUUGUGUGACUAGGCAAUGCGACUGGCUCAGAGACGAUCACAGAAAUCUACAAUCCGGCAAACUCAUGCCGUGCGAUUUGGGUUGUGGCUCUGACGGCGACUGUCACACGCCCUCCAUUUGUUGGAAACGGAAAAAGGGAGACGACUUUCCCAGUUGCUGCACUGCAACACAGGUCCAUGUUUUGGACAGAGGCAUGAUUGACAUGAGAGACCUUCAGGUCGGUGAUCAUGUCUUGACCAAGCAACAUCAAGGCUCAAAAGAGUUUGACUAUCAGCCAGUUUAUGGGUUUGCUCACAAGCAUCCAAAUAAAUUUGCUCAAUUCGUACAAAUCCAUACAACAACAACCGCCUCUAAUAAUCACAGCAGCACACCGUCUCUACUAGAGUUGACAAAGGAGCAUUUGGUCUAUGUGCAAGACAAGCCAAAACCAGUCCGAGCUGAUACAAUCCAAGUGGGCGACAUUCUGCAAGGUCUCUCAUUGACUACCGGUACUACCGAGAACACAACAACAUCACAACGCCAGCAUGUGGUGACCAAAAUAUCAACGAUCCAUCAGAACGGCUUGUAUGCACCAUUGACCAAAGCUGGCAACAUUGUGGUUGCCAAUGGCAUUGUUGCCUCCAACUACAUCGCCUUACAACAACAAAGACCAUCCGCAGAGACGGACGAAGGCUAUGUGGAACUUUCCAGUAUUGGCACUGUGAAAUGGCUCCACCAAGUAGAUGUGAUCCACCUUUGGAUGAGUCCCUUUCGUCUUGUCUGUGCCUGGAAUCCACUAAAGUUGGGAGUUUGCCACAGCUACAACGUGGAAGGAUUACUCCCGUACGCAUCCUGGGGCAUUCAACUGGUCCAGUUUAUGGAUCAGCAAUCCCUUUGGGCUCAGCUUUUGGUGCUGAUGCCGCUCUUGAUGCUGCUGAGCGUCUUUAUGGCAUUCGAGCUAGCCUUGGAUGCUGCGACUGGAGCCCCUGUUGCGGCACUGGUUUCUUUGAUGCUGGUUUUUACUGUGGCUUUGCUCCAGAGACAACAAUUCACAAUCAGAAUACAAAAGCUGGGUUGA